GGUCUUGAUAUCCAGGAUGAGAUGGGUCAUCAUGAGGUGGGGCACAUAGACAACUCCAUGAAGGUUCCUCUCAACCAUGGAUAUGGUUGUCGCUUCGAGGGAGAGUUCACUAUUAACAAAGUACCAGGUAACUUCCACGUGUCGACCCACAGCGCCACAGCCCAGCCCCAGAGCCCUGACAUGACACACCUCAUACACAAACUGGUCUUCGGGGAGAAACUACUGGAGUAUGUAGCCUAUAGCCACACAGGAAGGAUUAUCCCAGCUAUCUGGUACCGCUAUGACCUCAGUCCAAUCACAGUCAAGUACACAGAGAAGAGACAACCCCUCUACCGGGUCAUAACUAUGAUCUGUGCUAUCAUCGGGGGGACGGUCACGGUAGCAGGCAUCAUAGACUCCUGUAUAUUCACCGCCUCCGAGGCCUGGAAGAAGAUCCAGAUAGGAAAGAUGUCCUGAGGACAUAUCACUACGUAUCACUACGCCCCCCAUUAAAAUGUAUUUAUAACAUCAGAAGGGUGUAUCUCAAUAGUCUACAGGCUUCCUCACCUUCACCUGCUUCCUCUCCUUCACCUGCUUCCUCUCCUUCACCUGCUUCCUCUCCUUCACCUGCUUGAAUAAUAAUAACAAUAUAUACUAUUUAGCUGACAAUCUUUUUCAAAGCAUUCAUGGUACACAUUUUGUUUAUGUGUGGCCCCAACGGGAAUCGAACCCACCAUCCUGGCAUUACAAGUGCCAUGCUCUACCCACUGAGGCAUACAUUCCUUCAUCUGUCAGAGCAGAUUAAGGAAAGGAGACUUUAUACUCUUGAGAUAGAGACUGGCAUUCCAUUUCCCCAUACGACAACGGGAUGGACGGUCGACUGUAGGAAGAUCGUAAGUUGUGCCUUUACGUCUUGUGAAGCCCAUGUCGUGUCUCACAAACACAAAUCACGUCUUUUCAGCGUUGUGUAAACGUUGUUGGUAUUACAGCGUUGACUGAACCAGGGGUUUCUGAUUGUCAUAAUGCUGAAUCUGUUGGUAUUACAACGUUGACUGAACCAGGGGUUUCUGAUUGUCAUAAUGCUGAAUCUGUUGGUAUUACAACGCUGACUGAACCAGGGGUUUCUGAUUGUCAUAAUGCUGAAUCUGUUGGUAUUACAACGCUGACUGAACCAGGGGUUUCUGAUUGUCAUAAUGCUGAAUCUGUUGGUAUUACAACGCUGACUGAACCAGGGGUUUCUGAUU